CUAUGGAACCUCACGUGGGAAGCAAUAAACCAGGCCAUGAGAAAGCCAUAAAUAUUGCAAAGAAAUACCUGGCAGGAAAAAUAGAUGCUGAAUGUACAAUAUCACAAGUGGAGGAGUGGAAAAAAACAAACGCACAAACAGCAGAGCUCCUGUCAACCAAGCUUUCAAACAAGUUCCAGG